AUGGUCAGGGUGGAAUUGACAGACUCAGCCAAGCUCGGCCCCACCCCUCCUCCUCCCCCCGCCAACCCCAGUGUCACCCCGUCUGUGCCCCCCCUCACCACCACCAGCAGCAGUGGCAGUAAUGGCAAGCGCACCCCCUCCAGUGCCCAGCAGCAGUCCCAGCCCUCGCCCGCCCAACAGCGUUACCCGCCAAGAGAGAUCCCUCCACGCUUUCGCCAGCAAGAGCACAAGCAGCUGCUGAAGAGGGGUCAGCCGCUGCCCCCCGGGACCCUUGCAACUGUACCAGGACGCCCCGAACCUGACUCGAGUCAGAUAUUCUCUGGUGCAUCGCACACAGAGCUGCCCCCACAGAGUGGCCCGGGAGCUCAGUAUGAGAAUCCUCACUUGGGACACCAGCCUGCCAAUCGGAGUGCCACUUCCACCUCAGCGUCGGCCAAUCACAGUGGCUGGGAUACAGUGAUCAUCGACGAGAGUGACACCGAGGCCUGGCCGUCCAUUUCCCGCAGCAGCCAGAGCCAGAGCCAGGGCCCUGCAGGAGGAUGCCCCUCGGACACUGACCUUGUUGGUCCGGCCAGCAGCAGCAGCAGCAGUAUGAGCAUGGCCACGGGGGCCAACGGCCAGACAGGCCACUUUCCUGCCAACUACCCCAGCAGCAAAGGAGCCAGCUCUGGGCCCGGCGGCUCAGCCAAUCACCCCGGGGCAGGCGUGGUCGGCAUGGCAUCCGGCCAUGGAGCAGUCAAUCGGGGCUGGGGAUCUGGUCCCGGUCCCUCCCCCCAUGGCCCUCCUCAGACCUCCUCUGUCGGGGGUGGGGAGGGGAAGAGCGACGGCCCAAUGGGAGGCGGGGGAGGCAGGGGUUGGGGCUCCUCUUCCUCCAACUUUAACUUGAACCUGAACCCCAACGCCAACCCCUCGGCCUGGCCCGUGCUGGGGCAAGACGGGGGCGGAGGAGCGGGGGGAAGCAGCUCAGGGGGAGCCAACCCCAACCAACCCCCUUCUUCUCAACCCCCUCCUAACCUCUGCAACCCACCAGGCACCUCUCCCGCCCAGGGGAACGGCAACAGAGGAGGAACCAUGGGGGGCGGCGCCGCCAACGGUAACCUGCCAGUAGGGGGAGGCAGCACCUGGGGAGAACCAUCUGAGCCGCACCCCUCCUCGUCCACGAAUGUGUCUUUCAGCUCAGAACCUCAGAACCUUAACACUGACGGACCAAAUCAUGCUAACAAGCAACAGGAGCCCCCCAUCCACAGCGUGCCCGGCUGGGGUGGCCCCUCUGGGGGCAUGGGCUCCCUGGGCCAGCCUCCUCCUGGAGCUCCCCAGCUGGUCAACGGAGAGGACAACAGCUCCGUCUGGGGCAGCAAUGGAGACUCCAAGUCAGUCGCCUCCUCCGCAGAGGCUUCGGGCUGGGACUCUGGGGCCGGUGGCUGGGGGAGCCAUGGAAGCAGUGGUGGGGGAACCUCUGGAGGCUGGGGAGGCCAGAGAAGCGGAGACGGAUGGGGGAAGCAGCAUUCUGGCGAGGGCCAGGGAGGCUGGGACGCCCCCAGCUCUCCUCCCCAGCAGGCCAGGUCCUGGAGCACCCGAGCACCUAGCACUGCGGCAGCCAGCGAGGGCAGCAGCGAGGGCAUGGACGGAGCGGGACACUCCCGCCGACAGGACCAGACGUCCAGGGAUGAGCCUGCCGCCCUGCUCCCUGCCCCUGACCUGGACCCCAGGGUGCUGUGCAACACAGGCUGGGGCCAGACACCCGUCCGCCAGCACACGUCCUGGGACAUGGAGGAGGCGGCACGCACCCAACGAAAGGCAGACGCUGCCGGGACGGACUCCUGGGGAGGCUCUGGCCCCAACACCCCCACCGAGUCAGCCCAAGGGCCAUCCAACCCCAACCACGGCCCCCCUCAUCGGGCUGACCCCAAGAGCGAGGGUCCCGGGCCCGGUCCUCAGGCUGCCCCUGGCUGGGGUGGUUCCAUGCCUCCAGCCAGCCAACCCGGCUCUGGCUGGGGCGAGCCACCGAGCAGCAAGAAUCCCCCCAAUGGUCCCGGAGGCUGGGGGAACCCCCCACCAGGAGGCCCCGGGCCAGGCCCCAACAUGCCCAAAGCUGGGAGCCAGUCCUGGGGAGCUCCAGAGGAGAAGUCCCCAAGCUGGGAUGAUCCCCACAGCAAGGCACCCAAGCCCCAGGGCUGGGGAGAUGGGCCCAAGCCAUCCCACAGCAGCUGGAGCAACAGCGCUGGAGGAGGGGGCAGUGGAGGUGGAGGUGGAGGAGACUGGGGAGAGCCUGCAGAUGGCAAGAAGAGCAGCCCCACCACCAACCCUCCCUGGGAGGGAGAAGGAGCAGGAGGCUGGAAAGAGAGCAACCGAGGCUGGGGAAAGCCUGGUCCAGGGGUGGUGGGAAAUGUUGGAGGAGGUGGAGGCUGGGGAGAGCCAGCGAUGGCCCAGCAGCGCCCAAGCGGCCCUGCCCAAGGAUGGGGCGGCAAGCCCCAGGAGAGCUCCAAUGGCAACAGCGGAGGAGUUAGAGGAGGGAGCAUGGGCGGGGCAGGCGGUGGAGAAGGGAGCAUGGGAUCCUGGGGAGGCCCUGGCCCCGUGAAGCCCAGUGGAUCAGGCCGGGGAGGCAUCGGUGGAGGAGGAGGGGGCAAGCAGGACCCCUCAGGAGGAGAGCCCACGGGGUGGGAGGAACCUUCCCCACCCUCCAUCCGACGCAAGAUGGAGAUUGACGACGGCACCUCGGCUUGGGGCGAUCCGGGCACCUACAACAAGACGGUCAACCUCUGGGACAAGAACAACCCUGGGGGAGGAGUGCCACCCCAAGGUAGACCUCCAGGGAACGCCCCCCCAGGCCCCCCUGGAAACAACAACAACAACAACCACCCCCCACCCACCACAUCACCCUCCCCACCAUCCUCACGCCUACCACGGCCCUCCACCACCCCUCCAGAGCCAUGGGGGCCACAACCCCCAGGGCUCAGGCCAGAACAGUGGGCCCAUGGACCCAGCCGUGCCUCACCAGACUGCACCUCCACCACACAGCAGACAACCCCUCAUGGGUCCAGGCUGGAGGGAGCUGUCCAGUGCCCACCCCAAACCAGAGCCCUCCUGGGGGGAGCCUGCACCCCCUCCGGUCAGCGUGGACAACGGGACCUCCGCCUGGGGGAAACCACCGGGAGCCAUGGGGGCUGGGGCGGGGGUGACAACAGCCCCGAACCCUACAGACGGGGCAACCCACCCCUGGGAUCUGCACCUUGCAAACCAGCCCCCAAAUCUAUGCAAGAAGGCUGGGGAGGCGGAGGCGGAGGCGGAGGCGGCGGUGGAGGGGAGGACAUGGGUCUGUCCGGGGGCCAGUGGGACCCUGACGACGGGGACAUGUGGAGCAGCCAAGCCUCCCAGGAGAGCAACUCCUGGGGAAACCGACCCAGGAAGGGCCCACCCAAGGGCAAGAUGCCGGGCAAGCAGGAGGAAGCCUGGAUCAUGAAUCGCCUGAUCAAGCAGCUGACAGACAUGGGCUUCCCUAGGGAUCCAGCCGAGGAGGCUCUGAAGAGGAACAACAUGAACCUGGACCAGGCCAUGAGUGCUCUGUUGGAGAAGAAGACAGAGCUGGACAGGCGGGGGAUGGGCAUGUCCGACUACAACAACGGUCUGAUCAACAAGGGGCCAAUGGGCUGCCGGCCUCCGCUCCUCUCCAAAGAGUCCUCCUCAGAUCGCUCCCCUUUCCUCGACAAGGACGGUGUUGGUAGCCUGGUGGAGGACGUCCACACCUCCUCACCGUUUAUGCCUUCCCCUGGCCCCCUCGGCCUGAAACUCCCCUCCCUGCCCAGCACGGCCCUGCCUCUGUCCAGCCAGGGCCUGGGCGGCCCACAGGGCCUAGCCAUGCAAAACUUGAACAACAGACAGAUGCAGAGUGGAAUGUUCGGCAGUAGCGGAGCAGCACAAGCCCGGGCCAUGCAGCAGCCUCCUCCUCAGCCGUCAGUGCCGCCUCUCGGCUCCUCCCAGCCUAGUCUACGCGCUCAAGUGCCUCAGUUUCUCUCCCCUCAGGUUCAAGCACAGCUCUUACAGUUUGCAGCAAAAAACAUUGGUCUGAAUCCUGCACUUUUAACCUCACCAAUAAACCCUCAACAUAUGACCCUUUUGAACCAACUAUACCAGCUGCAACUGGCGUACCAGCGUUUACAAAUUCAGCAGCAGAUGUUGCAGGCUCAGCGUAAUGUUUCUGGCCCCAUCCGACAGCAAGAGCAGCAAGUCGCACGUACAAUCAAUAACAUGCAGCAGCAGAUCCAACAACACCAGAGACAGCUGGCCCAGGCCCUGCUGAUGAAGCAGCAGCAGCAGCAGGCCCCCGGCUCCCUCUCCUCCUCCGGCCUGCACCACGGCCAAGGCAAAUCAGCCCUGGACUUGUUCCCAGGCCACCCCCAGGCUCCGGGCCUACCCGACCUGCAGACCAAAGAGCAGCAGUCGUCCCCCAACUCCUACAGCCCCUACCCUCUCUCUGGACUGAAUCCUAACAUGAAUGUAACCUGCAUGGAGGUGGGGGGCCUGUCCAUGAAGGAGCCUCCCCAGCCCCAGUCCCGCCUCUCCCAGUGGACACACCCCAACUCCAUGGACAGCCUCUCUGGAGGCUCAUCCCCUCUGGAGCCCAACCUGGGCAAGCAUGGUUCCAACCUGGCCCCCCCCGGGAAGCCCCCCCAGAUGGAUGAUGGGUACAGCCCCUACGGCAUGAUGCCUGGCUCGGAGUCCCCCACCAACCCCCUGGUGCCCCCAGACAGCUGGGGCCAGGGCAAGAGCCCCAACGACAAGAUGGUCAACGGUACCAACAUCACCUGGCCUCCAGAGUUCUGCCCGGGCGUGCCCUGGAAGGGCCUUCAGAACAUCGACCCGGAGAACGACCCCAACAUGACCCCGGGGAGCGUUCCCAGCGGCCCCACCAUCAACACCAACAUCCAGGACGUCAACCGCUACCUGCAGAGAGACCGCAGCAGAGGCUCCUCCCCCACCUCAUCUCAGAAUGAGGCCCUGCCCCCCUCCACCGAUUGGCCAGUCAGUGCGUACUCUAGCUCGUUCAGUCUAUCGUCCCCGGAAACGGACGUCCCAGGUAAACUGUCGGACAUGAAGUCCACCUGGUCCCCAGGGCCCAUCUCCCACCCCUCCCAGGUCUCUCUGUCCCACGAGCUGUGGAAGGUCCCCCAGGGGCCCCGCAGUAACACAGCCGCCCCUACCCGGCCCCCUCCGGGCCUCACCAACCCCACCAAGCCCUCCUCCACCUGGGGAGGCAACUCCUUGGGCCUAGCCCAAGGCUGGAGCAGCUCCUACUCUUCAGCUACCACAUGGAGUACAGACAGCUCCAACAGGACCAGUAGCUGGCUGGUCCUGAGGAACCUCACCCCCCAGAUAGACGGCUCCACCCUGCGGACGCUAUGCAUGCAGCAUGGCCCCCUCAUCACAUUCCACCUCAACCUGACCCAGGGCAACGCACUAGUGCGCUACAGCUCCAAGGAGGAGGCCGCCAAGGCCCAGAAGUCCCUGCACAUGUGCGUUCUGGGUAACACCACCAUCCUGGCAGAGUUUGCUGGGGAGGAAGAGGUCCAGCGCUUCUUUGCACAGGGCCAGCAGCUAGCCUCAACCACCAGCUGGCAGGCUGACCCAGGCGUCAAUCAGACACGGAUGGGCGGUUCCGGGCCCAGGUCCUCGCACCCCAUUGGCCACCCCCACUGGAACUCUGGUGGCAGCAGUGGCGGCAUGGGAGGAGGUGGAGCCAAGACAGGCGGAGACCUGCUGUGGGGGGGCGUGCCCCAAUACUCCAGCCUAUGGGGACCGCCCAGCGGAGAGGAGGGGCGGGUCAUGGGGAGUCCUACUCCAAUCAACACGCUGCUGCCUGGGGACCUGCUGAGCGGGGAGUCCAUGUAGGACCACGUCACGGAGCUCCAUGCUAGAAAAAGGAGGAAUGGAUUACUACACAGGAAUACUACACAGUACUACACAUAUACAUAUACACAUGUAUACAGUCAGAGGAGCAAAAACCAAGCAAAUCAACGUGGUGAUAAUCAGUGUGGGUGGGAUGAUCGAGGGACAGACUUGAGGAGGACGAGGCGACUCUUCUGUGUCCACGCUGCUCACCCUCUUCUUCCUUUUUUUUGUUUAGAAAACGCCAUUUCAUUUUGGAUUUGUUCGGCGAGAGGCUUGGGUUAGUGUUUUAAGUUUUGACUUUCGGAAAAGCUGGAGUAUGCCUUUGACUCAACCAACAAAGGAAAGAGAAACAUUUGAACUAAUUAACUUUACUCUGAGAAUAUUUCUAGUUUGAAACGUGUAUUUUAGACGAACUGCUACAAACAACGAGCUGCCAUCUUCAAAACUCCCAUAUUCCCUUGCUGUCUGGCAGCAGUCAAUCCACACCUCAGAGAAACCAUAGAUACACAUCAUUCCCAAAGCCCAUCCCCUUCCUGUCGGAAAGGUUCCAGAACUUUCUACCAGUCGGAAUUUCUCUCGUUUGUUUUUUCUCAGCACUAAAUACUAGCCUUAACCUCCCGCCUGGCCUGGUUCCCCUCCUUUAUUCACUGAUUCACUCACUCUGUACUUACUGAAGAAAACGUACUGAGAAUUGCACACUCAUUUCUGAGCCAGCGAAAACCGAGGGGAGACAAUGUGCUUGUAAGAGACUGAGGCCACAGCAGCUCGCAACUGGAAGCCUCGGCGGUCACAAGCAUAUUAUUCAGUCCCCACCACUCUUAAAGGGAUUGAUGAUGCAAACGCAAAAGUUAUUCGCCUUGUUCAUUUUAAAGCCAUUUUGUCAUGGAGGAGUUUUGUUUCCCCGAACCAUCGCAAAAUAAGCGGAGAGAAAUAUUACUCCAAUGUGUCAAUCUUUCCUGGGGCGUGUGUUUACAUGUGUGUAUGACCGUCUUGUUGAAGUCUAGUAACCACUGCUCUAUGGAACUAAGAAAACACUUAUUUUGAAAUGCACCUCAACUCGUUUAAGGACGAACUUGCGGUCUGGUUCCCCCUUUUCUGUGACUGUGGAAGACCUCAGUAAUAACCGUGGUCCACUAGUCUCUUCUUCACACCAUUUCAAGUGACGUGCAAUAUAAGCCACAGACUACUCUCUACUACCGUCCACCCCAAGUACUCAAAAGGUUUCUCUCACGAACCUCUUUCAAGAGUGGAGACUAAAUCAAAAACAGCAAGGACUCUAUAUAUCCCCCCCCCCCCCAACCCAAACCCCAACCCUCCUGAGUGUGUGUGAGCUGGCUGGACUGACUUAUCCUUGAAACAAGGAUAUACAACAAGCACUUCUUAUUCAUUCUCUGACUAGGUCUUUCUAAUCCAGCCUCAUACAACAAUGACUGACUAGAGGGGUACGGGGGUAAGGAAGGGGGUGUAGGGGCAUUAUACCAAAACGAGACGUGUUCCUUAUCUAUCCACAAGACGAAACAAUGCAUUUUUUUCUUUCCAUUGUUGUAUUUGGUACAAAAAAGUAUGGAACAAAUAUAUAACUGGUUUAUAAAAAGAGGUGGUUUAUCAUAGCACUUAGCAAAGAGCGUCAAGCUCCUUCACUUCAAUGCCAACGAAUCAGAAGAGAGGAGAAGCGUGUGACACUGAAGAAAGCAAAGACAAAAUACUCAAACUAAAAAACAAGCAAUCUACUACGACGUGGCUUCUCCGUAACUCUUUAUGAACUGUAACACAGAUGUGAAACUAUUUUCUGUUGUCAUUUUGUUUUUUAAUUUUAAACCUUCCCUUUCUUGCAGCCUGUGUGUGGUAGCAGGAAAGUUUCCGAAAUGGUAGCAAAAUGAAGGGAUGACAAGGAAAGAAAGAAUGAAAAACUUUAAACCUGACAUUGGGCACUAUCGGGUUUGAGACCCCGAAGCACUCGCCUGUUUUCCCUUUUACUCUAUAAAAGUAAAUAUCACUGUUACAUGACUGAAAAUCUUUAGCCUUGUUGUCUGGAGAUGCAACUAGACGCUACGGCAAUGUUCUGUGGACGGAUUCUGCAGAGGGAUCGCCAUUUUCUCUAUCUCUCAACCUUUUUCGCAAGCCCUGCCAACCUGUAUGAUCGUGUGGCCAUUGAGUGCCUGCCUGCUGCGGAGGGGGUGGACUUCCUAGAAGCUCCACACCAGGCCUCUGCAGCAGCUCUCUCACCCCACCUUCCCCCUCUCCCUCCCUGGGGAGCCUCACAGACUGGUUCCCCCAGGGACCUUCCCGGGCCUCUGGUGCCCAAGAGCAGCUGUCAGAACUGUCCGAUUCGUAUUUACUACUACUGCGCCAGCUUCUGUUGUUCAUCACCUCCACUCUAUCCCGCUCUAUCCCUCUCUCUAUCUCUCUCUAUCCCUCUCUCCCUAUCUCUGUCUCUCAUGCAAGGAUCACUUUAGCCAGAGAUGGAGUGGUUUUUGAAUUGUGUUAAGUUUUUCUUUGGUUUAAUUGUUUUGGUUUAUUAUUUUCGUUUCUGGAAAAAUCGGCAGUGUUGUUAUUUUAGUUUUUGUCAAAGUUGCUGUUGUCGUCAUUGUUGAUGAUAUUAUUGUUUAUGUUAUUGAUGAUUAUGAUUUUUAUGGAUGUUUGUCGACGUCUCCAUGCAGUGUUCAGCUGCUCUCCUGCCCCCUGCUCUUACUGCUCUUAAGCAGAAACUAAAACACUUCUGGUUCGACGCGCACCUCAGCAAACGCAGCCCACCACAGGAAUGUUAUGGAGACGGACACUGCAGAUCUCAGUGGGGGUGGUUCAUUUGGUGUGGUUGUUGGACAGUCAGUGUUUUGGUUCAGGAGCAGACCUGAUGGUUCUAAUGUAUAGUCAGAUCAGGUGUGGGAGGUCGUAGUUCAAAAAAUUCAGUGGGUAUCUAUCUAUCCGGCCUGCCACCAUGCUUUCCCUCCGCCCCCCCUCACAGUCUCUGCUGCCCUCUCUCGCUCUCUCUCUCUCUCUCUCGCCCAGCUCAGCCCAUCCCACCCUCUCUCCCUUCCCAUCCCCAUGUUGUCCUCUCCACACAUACACACCCUCCAGUCCAGUCAGGCCUCACUCACACUGGUGCUUUAUUUUCCAUAGUCUGUCUCGGAGCUCUCUGGCAGACUGAAUAGACAGACUCCUAUAUCACUAUCCCUCUUUGUCAACCUGAAUACCAUAUAAACUGACGCAGCACUCGAUUUCUAUGCAAGGAAAGAGGUUCGCGCUCAGAGCCAUCAACCAUCAGUCCACCAACCAUAUGCCAAUUGUCUAACCCCCUCCUUUCCACCCCCCCAGGCGUUUUUUCCUACAAGCCAGCACUAGGCAGACUCCAAACUACCCUCCCAACUGCCCCAUCACUAUGGUGUUUUUGUAAUUCAGUCUCACUGAUAUCCCUCAUACAUACACACCUCAGGAGGAGGACCACUGAGUAGACUCGGCUUUCCCCUGUUGGCUCUCUAGCUUUGUGUAAAGUACAUCUGUAAAGUACAGUUGUUCAUUAUGACGAUUUCAAGAGCUUUAACAUAACACUAAUAAUAACCUGCUGAGUGGUAUGAGAGGUAUGAGUGGUGGGAAUGGGGGUUUUGUGGGAGUCCUUGUGUCAUGUGCCAACUGGACUAAAAUAUCUAAUUUCCACCCUGCCAUUUUAACAUUGAGUUGUCUCUGCUGUCAAAUGAGCCUUCAAUUCCCAUGAUUCAGUAGUUUUGAGACUACAUUUUCUCCUGCAUCCUAGAUUUAAAGGCAUAUGGUCAUGGAGGAAUGGGGGGUAAUAUUUGGGGCAGGACAUAUAGGCAGUCCCUUGUCCCAACUAUCAAAGAUACAUUUUAGGGGGAAACUUCUGAGAAUAGAAAAGAAAACAGGCGGUGGUCUGUGUGCACUGUUGAUGGGUCACAUCGGGUACACCUUUUAUAAAACCAAAAACAUGUAAUCUUUUUUUUUAUUAUUAUUGUUAAGGUUUUGACAAAAAGUAGAAACUAAACUACAAAAAAAAUAAUGUAUUUAAAAAAAAGGCCUAAAGUAUGUUUUUUGCUGUGCACUCCUAGGCUGAGAGGCCUCGUUCUGUCUCUGCAAGCCUUUUUUCCCCCAACUGUGGCACUCUGACUGGGGCUACCUUCUGAAACGCUGUAUCGAUGGUGUUCAUUUCUGACCUCCGGCCUCAAGAGUGCACCACCAACAGAACAGAACAUUUCCACAGAUCUGGGUUUUUGGGUCAGGGUCCAGGUGGGGCCCACCGUGUCAGCAGGGCCAGGACACACCUCACAGUUUUGUUGUUCGGUACCAAGUCUUAAAAGGGGAAAGGCCCUCUUCCAAGAGUUGUUUUUCGUACUCGUCGUCGUGUGACAUUAGCAACAAUCACUAAUUGCCUGUUUCUGAAAAACCUGAAUUGUUUUGCUCCACGCUGGGCUCCCGAGGCAACAGACUGGUAUAGGGUCACAAAAAAGGGGUUGGGGGCGGAGGGGUCUCCUGAAAUGGGGGGUCAAGUCUGAGGCGUCCCAGGAUUCUCCGUGCAGCACCAGCACUGAGAGAGACCACCUGUCACUCUACCCCCCCACCCCUACCUCACCUUAUCGACCCGCCAAUAUACACCAUGGAUGACUGGUGUAGGAAGUCAAGAGAAUCUCCCUUUUUAAAUCAUUCAAAGGCAACUGGAGUUUAAGCAAAGUAUGCUUCUCAAUCAUGGACCAGAGUAGGUUCUGGGGUAGGGACCCGAUUUCAAGAGGGAAACAAAUCAUUUUUCUCAAGGGCCUGGGUUGAAUUUGCACAUGCUAGUUUAUAUACAUGUAUACAUCCAAGUGUGUAUAUGUGUAUAUAGCUAGGUUUCUCUUUCCACUUUACCCUAAGCCCGCUCUCCCUGCCCCAGGUCCAACCUUACCCGUAUGUAUUCUCCUUCUCUGUAUAUUUCCCAGAAGAUAAAUAUCAUAUUAACAUAUCAGAGUAAUACAAAAAUAAAGAAUACAAAUACUUGAAUCAAAAGAAGCGCCAAUAAUGUAAUGUGAACACUUUGUAGUACUUUUGUCUCAUUCAUACACUUCCUAGAUAUUUCAGAACAUCUGUUCCGAGUGAACAAAAUUAGAAAAAUGAGGAUUGUUAAAAACAAAGAUAUAUAUAAAAAAAAAGGCUAAAUGACAUCUGUUGUAUCUGAGUGUUUGCACAAGGUUGCCUGUACUGUAUGGUUCGUGGAUGGAUGGAUGUGUGUGUGUCUGUUUGAAAGACAGUGUGUAUGAGGUUUCAAACGAUCGUGAGCCUGUGAUUUACAGCGGGAAUUAUCUCCGCUUUUUCAUUUUAUUUCUAUUCAGUAUAUUAGUUUUAUGUUUUAUUUUUGGCUUGUCAAAAGUAUAUUCUGAUGUUUAUUGUUAGACUCUAGCGUUGCACUGAGUGUCAGCCCUCCCCCUCAUCUAGCUAAUCGAACAACGUAAGAUGAAGUACUGGGGGCAGACGGCGACUAUUCACGUGUAAAUGUUUACUCAAGGACUUAAGAAAAUAAGUGUUUUUAAUCUGUAAUAUGUUUAUCUACCUUGUAGUGGCUUUCAUUGUGGAAUAAUCCAAGAAAAUAAAUGGAUUAUUAAUUAUAAGUAUUGCACCAUUUUUUUCAGAUUAUAAACAUAAAAAGUAUAGAAAAGCAACAAAAAAAAUCUAAUAUUGAAAAAAGUUACAAAAAAAGUAUUUUUGAAGACCUGUGGCCAUAGUUUGGGUAGAGAGACUUGUAGCUCUCCCUGUCUUUUCCGGGAGAAACAGAAGGACAAGACAUCAGAAGGAGGGUUGGUUACAAGGCUCACUUCAGAGGUGCCUACCUUUUUGGUUUGUUAGCUUUCGUUCAGUUUCAUUUUUGUUAAAAUCUCCUGUGUUAUGUUUGCUUUUUUUCUGCAAGGCCACUGACGGUUUACAACCAUUUUGUUUUUCUGAAGUUCGAGGAAAAGGAAUUAACUGUAUGAGAAUGUUGGAAAAACAAAAGAAAAGGACAAAUACUUCCAUUUAAAAAGAAUAACAAAAACACUUUACAGAAUGAAGAUUUUAAUAUUGUGCUACUUUCAGAACUCUGGGAUCCAACAGUGUUGUCAUGUUGUAUAGACCUUUGACAUCUUUGUUCUAUGUUGAUUUCAUGGACUAUCUAAAACCUGUGCGUUUUUAUUGAUUGCAUUUUUCCUUUGUAAAAAAAAAAGACAAUUGCUCACUAUCUUGCACACAUUAAAAAGUGGAUGUUGUCUCGAAGGCCAGCGUUCCAGAGUUCCAACUCCA